AUGCUCCUGCUGUAUCUCCUCACUGUGCAAGUUUUGCCGUUUGCUGGAGCUGUCGAGCUCUCUGCUGGGUCUUGUGCCUUUGAAGACAGCACUUGUGGCUACGAAUCAGACUAUACAUUUUUGGCAUGGAUUUUAAAUGAAGAAGGCCAUUACAUUUCUGUGGAUACUUCCUGGGGAACUCAGGGUGAAAAAGCAGUACUUACCAGUCCUGAACUACAUUCUGAAGAGUGGAGCUGCAUCAGGCUUAUAUAUCAGAUUGCAACAGCUUCAGAGACUUCAUUUGAUCCUACCAGGCUAAACCUGUAUCUGAGGUUACAAGGAGAGAGCUUUGAUCAUUUACUUUGGUCAGCCAAGGAGCCUUCAGAUAGCUGGCUCAUAGCCAGUCUUGACUUAAGAAACAGCACAAAAAAGUACAAAAUUGUACUGGAAGGUGUACUGGGACAAGAUAAUUCUGCCAGUAUAGCAGUUUUUGAAAUUAAAAUAACUACUGGAUAUUGUAUUGAAUGUGACUUUGAAGAAAAUCAUCUUUGUGGCUUCAUGAACCGAUGGAACCCCAAUGUAAACUGGUUUGUUGGUGGAGGCAAUAUUCGAAAUUCGCAAUCCAUCUUUCCCAGAGACCAUACACUUAACAGCGAAUUGGGUCACUACAUGUAUGUGGACUCUAUUUAUGUCAAGCAUUUCCAAGAAGUGGCCCAGCUGGUCUCACCUAAGACAACAACCCCCAUGUCCGGCUGCUUAUCCUUUUAUUACCAACUUCGGCAGGAGAGCGGCAUUGUUUUUACUCUCUAUAUGAGAGAUAUAAAUGGCUUUUAUGAAGAGAUCUGGAAAAUAGACAGUACAAUGAAUACAGACUGGAGUUUAGCAGAGGUUGAUUUUGAUGCACCAUACCCAAUGGAGGUUAUUUUUGAAGUUGCUUUCAAUAGUGCCAAGGGAGGCUACAUUGCUCUUGAUGAUAUUUCUUUCUCUCCAAAUUAUUGCAGCAAUCAGACAGGAUUUUCUUUCAAUCCUGCUGAGGCAAGCUGCAAUUUUGAGGAAGAUCUGUGUAAUUUUUAUCAGGAUCACAAGGAUGGCCCUGGCUGGAGCAGAGUGAAAGUAAAGCCUAAUGCGUAUAGGACAGGAGAUCACACUACUGGAUUAGGUUAUUACUUGCUGGCGAACACAAAGUUUACCUCACAGCCUGGGUACAUUGGACGUCUGUAUGGCCCCUCGCUGCCAGGAAACUUGCAGUAUUGUCUGCGGUUUUAUUAUGCCGUAUAUGGAUUUUUCAAAAUGAGCGACACCCUGGCUGUUUAUAUCUUUGAGGAGAAUCAUGUGGUUCAAGAGAAAAUCUGGUCUGUCUUGGAAUCCCCAAAGGGAGUCUGGACUCAAGCUGAAAUCACCUUCAAAAAGCCUAUGCCUUGCAAGGUGGUGUUUUUGAGCUGGUGCAAAAGCUUUUGGGACUGUGGACUGGUGGCACUCGAUGACAUAUCAGUGAGCCUGGGAAGCUGCCAAACCACUGAGAUGUGGUCAUCUUUUCCUGGAGAAUGUACUUUUGAAAAGGAUGAGUGUGCAUUUACCCAGGAGAGAAGAAACCGAAGCAGUUGGCAUAGGAGGAGGGGUCAAACUCCCACUUCUUACACUGGACCAAAAGGAGACCACACUACUGGGGUAGGAUACUACAUGUACAUAGAGGCAUCCAAUAUGAUCUAUGGACAGAAAGCACGUCUGACUUCAAGGUCACUAAGAGGGAUCUCUGGAAAGCAGUGCUUGACAUUUUUCUAUCACAUGCAUGGAGCUGGGACUGGAUUGUUAAAUGUUUAUGUGAAAAAGGAAGGUGAUAGUGAAGAAACCCUCUUAUGGAGAAGGAGAGGUGAACAGAGCAUCACAUGGCUAAGGGGACUGAUAGAAUAUGAAUGUGAUAAAUACCAUCAGAUUAUUUUUGAAGCAGUUCGUGGAGUGUCAAUAAGAAGUGACAUUGCUAUAGAUGAUAUUCUGUUCCAGGCUGGACCCUGUAUAGAAAUGGGAGAAAUUACUCAGCAUUCAUCCGGGGAUUCUGAUGACUUAAAUGAAAUUGAAUAUUAA